UGGGACUUGAUUGGAGCAGCUGUCUGUGCAUUUGACACCCAGUACCUUCUUGUGCUUUUAUCAGCAAUUGCAUGUCGGGUGCAGCCUUUCACAGGGAAGACUGCACUUUUCUGUGCUACUGUACCAUGUUAAGAGCUGUGAUCUAAGAUCUCACUCUAUGAAGGUAAAAUGUCUGUGUAAAAAUAAACGUUAUUGACACCCCCUGAGAUUCCCCAAUUACUUGUAUUUAGGAGCUUCUAUGAAUUAAAUUCAGCCAGUUGACUAAUAAAUAUAAUUAGAUCUUCCAGAGGAAGUAAAUAAUUACAGAUUUUUAACAUUUGUCCAAUGCUUAUCAUGGUAAUCACUUCUCCAAGCUUAUUUUAGGAUCUCGAGAUGCCACAGGAUAGUAUAAAUGCAUGUGUAUUUCAGAGGUAAUAUUUCAGAUCUUAAAUUUUACAGCUAAUUUUCUUCAUUGGAAAUAAACUGAGAAAAUAGGAAAAAAAAACCCAAGGAUUUAAAAAUAAAAAUAAGUGUUUCGAUCAAAGCAGUACAAACAUAUCAAAACUGAUACUAGGCCAGUACAAUCUACAGUCUUCACUCCAGCCAAAUAAAAAGAUGGCUGACAUAUCCUUCAAAACACUUUUUCAGACAUCUAUCUUCUUUAAAAAAAAAAAACUGCAGUUACCUGCUUCAUGUUUAAAAUAUUUCAGAACAGAGGUAUGAGUAAGUUCUGUAACUAGCUUAUCACUCUGCUUAUAUGAUUUAAUUUCUUCCCUUUAUCAGUAUACUACAUGAAUAAACUGUUAAGACAAUGUUUAUUUGUUAUAAUUUGUUUAAAACUUAAACUAACCCUUACCUUAUUGGAUUCAGAGUUUGCAAGUGUUAACCUAGAACAAGAAAGAUGUUAACAUUCAUAAUGAAUGCUAAUACUCACUAGCUCCAUAAAAGUCACUCCUAAGUCUGAUGUGGGACAAAUGACAGUUCAGGGUGCAUGCAACUGCUUAAUCAUAACCUAAUCAAUCUUUAAAAAUGUUUGUUCACUUCAGUUUGUGUGUUAACAUGCCAUUUGGAAUACUGAUGUACCAGUAAUAAAGAUGUGAUGCUUACUUUGUUUUCUGAACGGAACUAAUACAGUAUUUUGAUGUAUCACAGGUAAAUUUUUGCAUAACCUUAUGGAGAAAAAGGACUUUGAAGCAUGGCUUGAUAACAUUUCUAUUACAUUUCUUUCUCUGACGGACUUGCAGAAAAAUGAAACUCUGGAUCACCUGAUUAGCUUGAGUGGAGCAGUCCAGCUCAGGCACCUCUCCAAUAAUCUAGAGAUUCUCCUCAAGAGGGACUUCCUCAAACUUCUUCCAUUGGAACUUAGUUUUUAUCUGUUAAAAUGGCUUGAUCCUCAGACCUUACUCACGUGUUGCCUCGUCUCUAAGCAGUGGAAUAAGGUUAUAAGUGCCUGUACAGAGGUAUGGCAGACUGCAUGUAAGAAUUUGGGUUGGCAAAUAGAUGACUCUGUUCAGGAUCCUCUACAUUGGAAGAAGGUUUACCUAAAGGCUAUCUUAAGGAUGAAGCAACUGAAGGACCACGAAGCCUUUGAGACAUCCUCUUUAAUUGGACACAGUGCCCGAGUAUAUGCACUUUACUAUAAAGAUGGACUUCUGUGUACAGGAUCUGAUGACUUGUCUGCAAAACUGUGGGAUGUAAGCACAGGUCAGUGCAUAUAUGGUAUCCAGACACACACUUGUGCUGCAGUGAAGUUUGAUGAACAAAAGCUUGUAACAGGAUCUUUCGAUAACACAGUAGCCUGCUGGGAAUGGAGCUCUGGGGCAAAGACACAGCAUUUUAGAGGACAUACUGGUGCAGUUUUUAGCGUGGAUUACAACGAUGAACUUGAUAUUCUGGUCAGCGGCUCUGCAGACUUCACUGUGAAAGUAUGGGCCUUAUCAACAGGAACGUGCCUGAAUACCCUUACUGGACACACAGAAUGGGUCACUAAGGUAGUUUUGCAGAAGUGCAAAGUCAAAUCUCUUAUGCAUAGUCCUGGGGAUUAUAUCCUUCUAAGUGCAGAUAAGUAUGAAAUCAAGAUUUGGCCUAUUGGAAGGGAAAUAAACUGCAAGUGCUUAAAAACACUGUCUGUUUCUGAAGAUCGCAGUAUCUCUCUACAGCCCAGACUGCACUUUGAUGGUAAAUACAUAGUGUGCAGUUCAGCACUAGGAUUAUACCAGUGGGACUUUGCCAGCUAUGACAUUCUCAGGGUUAUCAAACCUCCUGAUUUCUCAAAUGUGUCCUUGCUGGGUUUUGGAGAGAUAUUUGCUCUGCUGUUUGAUAACAGAUACCUGUAUAUAAUGGACUUGAGGACAGAAAAACUGAUAAGCCGCUGGCCUCUACCAGAGUAUAGAAAAUCAAAGAGAGGUUCAAGCUUUUUGGCUGGUGAAGUGUCUUGGUUAAAUGGACUAAAUGGCCAAAAUGAUAUGGGCUUGGUUUUUGCCACCAGUAUGCCAGACCAUAGUAUCCAUUUGGUGUUAUGGAAAGAACAUGGCUAAAAAGCUCACAUACGCAGAAUCUUCAGGAAUAUAUGGACUAUCAGCAGUGUGUCCAUAAAAUGAGACUUUGCAUGAACCAAAGUUGCACACCCAAUGGUAUCAUCAUGCAAUGCACAAUCAUGUACUUUUGUUUGGGCAUUUGGGAAUGGGUUGUUUUGGACGUAAUGCAAUACAGCACGCUAACAGUAUUCAACACAAAAUUUUGUCUCUACUCAUGUUUAAGCAUACUUGUUUGGGCUUUGAAACAUAGCUUGUAACAUUUAAACCAUCCAAAUCCACCAUGAAGUCUGAAAUGAAGUAGUGGUUGACCUGAGUUCUGACCUAUUUUUUGUUGUUGAAAGAAAAGGUGAAGCUACUAUUUUAGAAUUAUAGGCUUUUGUACAUGUAACAGCAAAUACUCGUUACAGUGCAUGGCUGCUUAAUUUGAAUGAGAAACUAGCAAACUCUUUUUCUCUCCAGUAUCACUCUUUAAUAUGUUUUUUCCUUAUGAUAACUUUAAAUACUUAGCCUUUGAAAUAGCAGAAUCAAAUGAGUCCUUUAACUAGGAUCAGAUGCUAAAAAUAAUACGUUCAAGUUCAGGAACGUGUCAACAUGAACUUUCCUUAGUGAGAUUGAGCCAACUUUUCACCUUCCUGAUAGAUUAACCUUACAGAACUUCUGACAUUGUUUAUCGUUGUUGCUGACGAUAACUCAGAAUGGCUUGAUCAGCAUUUUAUAGUCCAUAUUUCAUAUUGUUUGUGUAAGAAUGUAACUUAGGUCACAGAUAUAUAUAAAUAUAAUGAACGGGAAGAUUAUGUUCAGUCUCUACAUCAAAAGUCACAUUAAAUUAUGUCCAGCAGCCAUUCACUUUUUCCGAGCGUUGCAGUUAAUAUAAUCAUGCACUUAGAGUAGUUGCUACAUCUAGAUUUGGAAAGCAGGGGCAAAUAACAGUGCUAAUGACACAUCUCCAGGGGGAAGAAAAAAAAAAAUUUGAAGAAAAGCAUAGGAGUAGAAAAAGGUCUUUAGCUUUGAUCAUCAUAGGAGACCUGAUGUACGCAAGUUAACUAUUGAAAAGCAAGUUCCUAUUCACAUACUUUGUGGUAUUUGACAUGUACUUAAAAGCUGUAUCUAUGACAUCACAUGCUUUAGAAACGCUUUAGGUUGGUUUCCCUUCCUCCCUUACAAUAAAAUCUCCCCUUAAUGUCUUUUUUUUUUUAAACAGAAUUUAAAAACAUGCGUUUUCAUUAUGAUCACCUCAUGUCCUUGGAAAGAUAAAACUGCCUAGCAUUA